GCAGUGCUUUACUUCCUACUACCUGAGUGACCCAGUUUCUUCAUCUAUGAGUGGGAAUAAGAGUCGUACACUAGACAAGGAAUUGCUGUGGUGGUUGAGUUAGAUGCGUGCCAUCAUGUCUAGUGAUAUACUGGCAUGCGGUGAGCCGUCCGUAAGUUGUUAUGGUAGCUAUCUUUAACAUUAGUGGGAUUUGCGGAGAAGGACAGGGAGUGUUGCAGUGGAACUAAGGUGGCCGGGGCAGGCUUUGGCGGUGACAAUAAAGGCAGAGGUUACAGCGUGACCUGGAGAAGAGGUGGGCUUGGGGGGCACUGCAGAUUGGGAUGGGGUACAGACCCUGGCCUGAUAAGGGUGGUGUGACCUCAGUGAAGGUAGGCUCCAAGGAGAGGAUGGCACGAGAGGGAAGUGGGGUGGAGGCGGCGCCCUCGGGGACAAGUGGUGGCGAGGCUGAGAAGCUGGCAGGCUUUAGGUUUCCCGGGGGAGGAGCCGGUCUGCAGCGGGCGGAGCUGCGGGCUGGGGCCGGGCUUAGGCUAAGCGCGGCUGCCCGUGUCCCUCUCGCCUUCACACCCGCGCUGCUGCCGCCAACCUGAGCCAUGGGUUACCCAGCCCUCCUGCUCUCGCUCCUGGUUUUCUUGGCACCCGGGACCUGUAUAGACCCCCGGCGGGUACUGAGGACCCUCAGCAGCCUGCACUUGCCAACCAACCCCGCAUCCCGGUCCUCUGUAGCCAAGAAUUACUCAGUUUUUUAUUUCCAACAGAAGGUUGAUCAUUUUGGAUUUAAUAACAUGAAAACUUUUAAACAGCGGUACCUGCUAGCUGACAAACACUGGGAUAAAGAUGGUGGAUCGAUACUUUUCUACACUGGUAACGAAGGGGACAUUGUUUGGUUUUGUAAUAACACGGGGUUCAUGUGGGAUGUGGCUGAGGAACUGAAAGCUAUGUUAGUGUUUGCUGAACAUCGAUAUUAUGGAGAGUCCCUGCCCUUUGGCAACAACUCAUUCCAGGAUGGCAGACACUUGAAUUUUCUGACAUCAGAACAAGCUCUAGCUGAUUUUGUUGAGUUAAUCAAACAUUUGAAAAGAACAAUCCCAGGAGCUGAAGAUCAGCCUGUCAUUGCAAUAGGGGGCUCUUAUGGUGGUAUGCUUGCAGCCUGGUUCAGGAUGAAAUAUCCUCACAUAGUAGUUGGAGCCCUUGCAGCUUCUGCCCCUAUCUGGCAGUUUGAGGACUUUGUUCCUUGUGAUACGUUUAUGAAGAUUGUAACUACAGAUUUUAAGAAAAGUGGUUCAAAUUGUUCAGUGACUAUCCUCAGGUCCUGGGAUGCCAUUAACAGACUCUCAAGUACAGGCAGUGGUCUACAGUGGCUUGCUCAAACCCUUCACUUAUGUAGCCCAUUGACAUUCGAGGACAUCCCAAAUUUGAAAGAAUGGAUUAUGGAAACUUGGGUGAAUCUGGCAAUGGUGAACUACCCUUAUGCAUCUAACUUUUUGCAGCCUUUGCCUGCUUGGCCUAUCAAGGUGGUGUGCCAGUAUUUGAUAAAUCCUAGUGUACCGGAUUCAAUGUUGAUACAGAAUAUUUUCCAAGCUCUGAAUGUAUAUUAUAAUUAUUCAGGCCAGGCAAAAUGCCUAAAUAUUUCAGAAACAGCAACUAAGAAUUUGGGAUCCCUGGGUUGGAGCUAUCAGGCUUGCACGGAAAUGGUCAUGCCCUUUUGUACCAAUGGUAUUGAUGACAUGUUUGAACCUCACCAAUGGAACUUGAAGAAAUAUUCUGAUGAAUGUUUUAAACAAUGGGGUGUGAGACCAAGGCCCUCCUGGAUCAUUACCAUGUAUGGAGGGAAAAACAUCAAAUCACACUCCAACAUCAUUUUCAGCAAUGGUGAUCUGGACCCCUGGUCAGGAGGUGGAGUAACCAAAGACAUCACAGACACCCUGGUUGCAGUCACCAUCAAGGAGGGGGCCCAUCAUUUAGAUCUUAGAGCCAACAAUCCCUUGGAUCCUACAUCUGUGCUAUUAGCACGUGCCCUGGAAAUUGAACACAUGAAGCGAUGGAUCAAAGAUUUCCAUGACAAUGUCAGAAGGCAGUCCUGAGCAACUUUUGAUCAUUUAUAGUUUCUUCUUUUAUGUUCAAUACACCCAUAUUCCCAUUCACUUUGGUUUUCUAUGUGUAAUAACUUCCCCUCAUUUGUCAUUAGAUUUGGUUGGUGCCCAGGUUGAGAUAGAAGAGAGGGUGAUGGAGGUGUUGCCAUCCCAACAAUGUUGUAGCCCGGGUAGUCAACCUGCAUGCAUCACCUACAGGAAGAAAUCUCAUCAUGAUGCCUCCCACACCAUCAGUGGCCCUCAUAACUCAAGCAGAGUUUCUCACUGCCUUUCAAAAGAGAGUCACUUCCUUUGUUUCCCUGCAAGUAGGCAUUUGAAUUCUGAGUUCUGAGAUUGAAAUCUCUUUUGCCAUAUGCAAGUCCCCAUUCCUACUCACCAAAAGGAAAAGCAGAAGAUAGAUAAAAAUGACGUAAGUGCAGCUGGUAGGAAGAAUGUCUGAUGCUAAUCCAGGAAAUGGGGUCAUUCCUUUUGUACUUGAUUUAAUGACUUUAAAAUGUGCUGUAAAUAAAGAAUAAGGCUGGACCUUA